AUGUAUGCCGGCAUCAACAUCUUUGUCUGUGGCGAUUUCCACCAACUUCCUCCUAUUGGAGCUACUGUGAUGUAUUCAAAUCUUCUCAACGCGCGAAACGCUGACUUUUUGGCCGGCCAGCAAGCAUACCGAGCUCUGGAUACAACAGUCCGACUAACACAGUUGAUGCGGCAAGAUGGCGACGACGAGGAGACGCUUCAGUUCCGCCGCGCGCUCGAAGAGUUGAGGGUUUAUCAAGUAUCCCAGCAGAGUUGGCAGCUUUUGAAUACGCGAGUACAGAAUGAACUAACUCAUAAUGAGGUAGAGUCCUUUAAGGAUGCACUGCGUCUUUACUUUCGUCGAGAGGAGGCUCAUGUGCACAACCACCAGCGCCUCCGCGACUGCAAACAGCCUAUCCUUAGAAUCAAGUCUACGCAUACGGGCCAAGGCGCGGAGGGGGCAAACGAUAACGAGGCAGAUGGGUUGGAUCCUCACCUUUGCAUCUGUCUAGGGGCGAGGGUUAUGUUAACAGAAAAUAUCUGGGUUGAGAACGGCUUGGUGAAUGGGUCUAUGGGGACGGUGAGGGAUAUCGUCUGGAGAGAGGGCCAAGAUGCUACCAAAGAUAUGCCGACUGCAAUUAUGGUAGAAGUCGAUGAUUACGAGGGUCCCAAGUUCCCCGGCACUGACUACAUCCCCAUCUUCCCCGUCACCAGGCGAUUCGAAUACAAAAAACGUGACUGUUCGCGCACUAACUUCCCCCUUCGCCCUGCGUACGCUAUCACGGUGCAUAAAGCGCAAGGAUUGACGCUGAAACAAGUGGUCUUAAACCUAGAACGGAAGGACCAUGCGCCAGGAUUAUCAUAUAUUGCUAUAUCUUAA